AUGGAGUCCGUCACCGGGAAUUCAUUGUGUACAACAACAACGGCGGCGACUAGUACAUCAACCCCAACAACAGUAACCGCAACAACAUCAACAAUUUCCGCAGCACCCACAAGUGCUGUAAACAGUAGCAGCAAUGCUAAUACCGGCAACACGACUUCAGUUGUAAUGUGCAGUUCCAAUCUGUCAAGUAGCGUUGCAAAUUUACCCGCGAAUCCACAAAUUUUACAAGUUAUUGAUAUCAAGCAAGAUGAUUCUAAUAAUAUGUCACUGGCAAGCGCCACUUCAGAUGGACAACGUUCACUCUCAGGUGCACCAUCUGCUUCAUCUAGUCCAAUUUUAAGUCCACCUGGCAAAAUAUUUGGACGUAAUGCAAAUGGAACAACACUUGUACGUUUGGGUGCGCAUGAUCUUACAAAUCCAGCUGAAGCGAAUGCAAUGGACUUUCGAGUAAAACGUACAAUCGUUAAUGAAAAUUUUGAUUUAAAAUCUAUAGCGAAUGAUAUUGCGUUGAUUGAACUUAGUACUCCAGCACCAAAUACAAAUUUUAUUGGCCCUAUUUGUUUGCCAGAGAGCAGUAAUUUCCUCACGCAAGAUUUUGUAGGAAUGAAUCCUUUUAUUGCUGGUUGGGGUUCAAUCAAAUAUCAAGGCGCCACGUCAAAUGUCUUGCGCGAUGCACAAGUACCAAUUGUAAAUAGACAAAUUUGUGAACAAUCCUAUAAAACUGUUUUCAAUUUCAUCAAUUUUAGCGAUAGGUUAAUUUGUGCUGGCAAUUCAAAUGUUGAUCGUUGCCAGGGUGAAUUCUGGUUGGCCCUCUAUGAUGCCACAGGUACAGACCUAAAAUAUAUAUAA